AUGAUGGUAGGCGAUAACCGCAAGUACAAUGUCGCUUUGGUGACCCUGGUCGCGGAGGGUUCCACGGGUGAGUUCCCAGGCACCGACAACUUGGCGGGCGCGGCUUUGCAGGUCAACCCGAAGGUGAAGACCAUCUCGGAGGCGCUGAAAGAUCCCGUGUGGCAGAGUUACAUCCAGCAGGGGCUUGACAAAACGAACGCGAACUCGCUGGUCUGCCACAACAACGCCUUCAAGAUCCAAAGGUUCGCCAUUCUGCCGCGGGACUUCUCCAUCGAGACGGGCGAGUUCACGCCGACACUCAAGCUCAAGAGGCCAGUGGCUGCAGAGAUUUGGAAGGAUAUCAUUGAUACGAUGUACUGA